UGUAAUGCCUGUGGCAACGUUUCGCUUACUCUUUGAAAUUUUCGAUACAGUGCUAUCUAUUGUGUAAAAUCGUAAGCGAAUGCGCAGCGAGAAAUUGACAGGAGGUAGUUGUGCAUAAAAAAAAGAUAUGUUCGUAGACGCGAAGUAAGUUUUGAAAACUGGCUUGUUAUGUAACAACCAAACAUUGCCACUGAAAUGCGUAGAACGGUAAUUGUCACCAUAUGUGCUGCAGCAUGACGUUAAUUUCGUAGAUAUGUUUAAGUCAGUGUGUAGUGAUACAGGGUAAAAGCAGAAGACGGACUUCUAAUGACUGAAAAUCUGUGAUAUCACACUGUAACAUUUCGCUAGUGGAAUGACAGCGUUACGUAGCGUACCUGUACAUACAGUAGUUAGUGAAAGGUGUCGUUGACUGUAAGUAAAUACGGUUGCUAAAAUACUUCUAGUCAAAAUGAUGGACAUGGAGCAAGAAACAGUUUACGGGACCCACGAGGAUUCCCAUGUAGUGAUGUCUGAGAAGGUGCAAUCACUAGCUGGAAGCAUUUACCAAGAAUUCGAGAAAAUGAUAAGUAAAUAUGAUGAAGACGUUGUGAAAGAUCUUAUGCCAUUGGUUGUAAAUGUACUAGAGUGUUUGGAUCUGUCGUAUACAGAAAAUCAGGAACAUGAGGUGGAAUUAGAGCUGCUAAGAGAAGAUAAUGAACAAUUAGUUACACAGUACGAACGGGAAAAACAGCUAAGAAAGAGUUCUGAACAGAAACUUUUGGAACUUGAAGAUGCUGGUGAAGAUGAAAGAAAGGAUCUUCAUAGCAAGAUUGAAAGUCUAGAAUCGAUAGUUCGUAUGUUGGAACUGAAAGCAAAGAAUUCUUCAGAUCAUGUGGCACGUCUUGAGGAAAAGGAGCAGGAACAGAAACGUGAAUAUGCCAAACUGCAUGAACGUUACACUGAACUUUUUAAAACUCAUAUGGAUUAUAUGGAGCGCACAAAGAUGUUGAUGGGAAGUGCAGAACGUUUGGAAGGUGCUGUUCGAGGAGGCAGGCCUUCUAUGACACUGGGCCCUCUUACCAGGUCAGCAGGCCCAACCUCAUUUGGUUUUGCAUCGCUGGAACAAGGUCCACGUUCUGUUGGUAGCCCAGGAGAUUACAUCAUACCAGUUUCUCCACCUGACAGUAAUCAUUCAAACACAAGUCUUCGAAAUGAAUUACAGGAUACCCGAAUAGUGCCACUUGAAGAUGCACUCCCCAAAGGCAAAGAGACUUCUGAAAAAGGUCAGCUAACUGAUGCUGUGUCUUUGGAACAUCGUGGCACUGUUACAAGAGGAGGCUGGGUUGAUGGACUUACACCAAGCACAAAGGAUUCAACACCGGAACUGGAAGACGUAGAGGGAAUGUCCACAACAGUUGUUUCUCCAAUAGGCCGGAGCAAGACAAAGAGAGAGCAGCGAAGUGGGAAUACGUUGUACCAGGAAUUGAGUUUUCAAGAUGCAGAAGCACUUGGUGAAAUGGAUGAAGGGGCAGAUAUUACAGACAGUGACGGGGAAACGGAAAUGGGCAGUUCUCUAGCACAAACGGUUAACGACAAUUUCUUUGGCAUGGGCAAAGAAGUUGAGAACUUGAUCAUGGAAAAUAAUGAGCUGCUUGCAACAAAGAAUGCACUUAAUAUUGUGAAGGAUGAUUUAAUUGUGAAGGUGGAUGAGCUUACGAGUGAGCAGGAGAUAAUGCGAGAAGAACUUAGGUCAUUGCAGAAUUUGAAAAGCCGCCUCCAGCAACGAAUUCAGGAGCUUGAAGAAGAAGUUAAACGAGUUAAGGAGGAGGCAGAGAAGGCAGCAAAAGCUGCCAAAUCAGAUGAUGAAGAGGAUGUUCCAAUGGCUCAAAGGAAGCGAUUUACACGAGUUGAGAUGGCCCGUGUGCUUAUGGAACGUAACCAGUACAAGGAACGAUUUAUGGAACUACAAGAAGCGGUUCGUUGGACAGAAAUGAUUAGGGCUUCACGGAAUGACCCCACAUUAGAUAAGAAAAGCAAACAAGGAAUAUGGAAAUUUUUUAGCAACCUGUUCAGUGCAGCUGAACGACCACAACGUAAACCUGUUCCAUAUGUGAAUGUGAGGUACAAUGCACCUACACAUCAUGUGAGUCCAGCCUUGGAAACUAUGAGAAAGCGUUCUCUGAAUGACAGAAAACGUGGCCUUGAUUUCAUGGAUGGAGACAUAUCAUCAGAGAAGCUGGCACAACGACGUGCGACAGAGCGACGUGAGCAGUACAGACAAGUGCGAGCACAUGUACGUAAAGACGAUGGUCGUCUGCAGGCGUAUGGAUGGAGUUUGCCUGCGAAACCUGGUAGUGGAGGUCCACCACCACAUACACCGCGGUUGUCUAGCACUAGUGGAGGCCAUGUGCCUGUCCCUGUCCCUGUUUAUUGUCGACCUCUUCAUGAGAGAGAAACUGGGAUGAAGGUAAAUAUGCAGAUCUGGUGUGCAGCUGGAGUAAAUCUCACUGGUGGCCGUACACGUGACGGUGGGAAUAUUGUUGGAGCAAGUGUGUUUUAUACACGCCCAGAAGGUGAGGAGAAAGGUGAAGAAGAACAAUCUGAAAAGAACUGCUCUGAGAUUGAAAAACUUGAUCAAGAAUUAAAGGAAGGCGAAAAACUGGGGAAGGAAUGUGAAGAAUUGGAACAGCAGCUUUCAUCACUAGUUUGGAUAUGCACCAGCACACAUUCUUGUAGUAAAGUGACUGUUAUUGAUGCCAAUAAUCCAGCUGAUGUCUUAGAAACCUUCAGUGUCUGUAGUUCACACUUGCUCUGUAUUGCAAGUGUUCCAGGAGCCAGAGAGACUGAUUAUGUUAAUGGAGAUGAGAUAAACAAUAAGGAAGCUUCUGAAUUACAAGAAGAAAACAACAGAGAAACUGAAGAAAAGUUUGAAGAAAAUCAUGAAAAUGAGGAAUGUGAAACAGAAAAUGAACCUAAUAUUGGAAAGAUAACAUUAGUGAGCUGUGCUACUGGGAGUGAAGCCCCAGAACAGGUUGCUAAUUCAUCAUCAAAUAAAGACUCACUUAUAUCAGUAGACUCUGAGGCUGAUAGUGAUGCUACUCCCACACGUCGUUUGGUGAAGGAAGUGACUGGGGUAGUGAAAGAUGGCGUUUCAGAAAUACCAAAAGAGAAUGAACAUGCCUACGAAGAACUUGAAAAAAUGAGCAGUGUGCUUCCGACAAUGUGGUUGGGUUCACAGCAUGGGUACAUAUACGUUCAUUCUGCUGUUGCACAGUGGAGGCGUUGUCUGCAUUCAGUGAAAUUGAAAGACCCUGUGCUGAGUAUAGUGCAUGUGCAGGGUCGUGUUUUGGCUGCUCUUGCAAAUGGUACAGUUGCUGUAUUCCGUCGAGGCUUGGAUGGGCAAUGGGACCUCAGCUGUUAUCAUCUGGUGGACCUCGGGAAUCCACGACAUUCCAUUCGCUGCACGGUGGCUGUCCAUGGGAAAGUGUGGUGUGGCUACCGGAAUAAAAUUCAUGUUCUUCAUCCGAGAACACUUGCUGUAGAGAAAUCAUUUGAUGCCCAUCCUCGGAAAGAGAGUCAAGUUCGGCAAAUGGCUUGGCUUGGUGAUGGUGUUUGGGUGUCAAUACGCCUAGACUCAACCCUUCGUCUGUACCAUGCCCACACUUACCAACACCUUCAGGAUGUGGACAUUGAGCCUUAUGUCAGCAAGAUGUUAGCAGUGUUUCCUGGAGGUACUGGAAAAUUAGGAUUCUCAUUCGUCCGCAUCACUGCUCUACUUAUUUCAUCUAGUCGGUUAUGGAUUGGUACUGGCAAUGGUGUGAUCAUCUCUGUACCAUUAUCAGAAAGUUCUGGAGGCAGAAAUAUAGUUCAGGCUGUGCACAGAUGCCCAGGUGUGGGUGUAAGACUUUACACUGAUAACAGCUGUAAGAUAACGCCAGGCAGCUUUAUCCCAUAUUGUUCGAUGGCACAAGCUCAGUUGUCUUUCCAUGGACACCGUGAUGCGGUAAAAUUUUUUGUUGCUGUACCUGGAAGUGGUGGCGUGUCUGCAGCAAGCAGUAUGACAACUGAUACACCAAUAAUAGAAAACCUAGAAACUGAGUCUUUGGAAUCAAAGCGACCGUCAUCUAUGUUGGUUAUGUCAGGAGGAGAAGGUUACAUAGACUUCCGUAUAGGUGAUGGUGAAGAAGAGGAUGGUGAAGGAGAGGGUAGUGAACCAGCAGUAAAUCCUCCUGAUUCUGAUACAGAGGUACGAGGUGAGCGAAGUCACCUGAUUGUCUGGCAAGUGGCUGUAACUGAUUGAGAGUCUGGUGAAAUGUGAGCUUUAUCUUAACAUGGAAAGACACCACUUAAGUUCAUUAGAGAAAAAUAUAGUCUAAACAGAACACUUUUCUCCAAACGGUUGUUGUGAUUUGUCUGUAACGCUGACUACAGACAGUGUUUUGUUACUAUGGGCAAGGGUUGGAUUUAACAGUUAUGCAAUCUUUGUAAUUGCCUUACAGAAUGACAGUCGUUCUGUGUUUGAUAUGUUGUAAAGCUGAUGAGAUUGCUUUAUUUAUAGCCCGUGCCCAAAUCAUUGUUUGAGAUAAAGCUAUAUAAGGUGUCUAUGGCUCCUUAGGAUGAAUUUGUCUCAACGUUUGUUUCAUUUUUUGUUGCUCUUGAGUGCUGUUACAUAGGUUUUGUUGUUUAUUGUUUGGUAAUAUAGUUUUAGAGAACAUUUUUGAGAUAAGCAAGUAAAAUGUGUUCUAUUUGUUUCAUACAAUGUGUACAAGUUGUUAAUAUUUGCAUAUGUUUAUAUUUUAUUGCUUUUUAUAAAACAAUAAUUGUUUUACUGAUCUGUGAUGUUUUUGUUUCCUGCUUUUUGUAUCAUAGAACCUUGAUUGUGAGAUCUUGCAAAGUUUGGAUGUAAAACUUAAGAUUUUAUAUGAAAAUUGUUAACACAAAAAUACAUGUUGAUGUGUGUGAAAAUUGUGAUUACGAAAGGUGAUUUCUUCUUGAAAGAGUUUCGUUUAUGACUGCGAAGAAGUUUUAGCUUUUUUCCAGGUAACAAAGAUUAAUUACUGUUAGACUAACAUUAGCAUACUGAUUAUAAUUCAGUGAGCCAAUACUGCUUUGUAUGACAAGUACAGAACAGCUGUGAUCUGCCAAGUAAGUAAAUAAAUUUCAUUUGGUGCUCUGUUGUUGCAUCAGACUAUUCAGAUUUUGAGUAGCAUCAAUGAUGGCACGUCAAGAGCAGCCCUCAGUUUCCUCCUCCCACUCACCAACUACUAAAGGCCCAAUAUACAGAACCUUUGUACAGGAGAGAUUUUGAAAUAAUCACAUUAAAAUAGUGAUUUGCAGUUUUGUGCAAUAUUGAAAGUGUUUUCUUUCUCUUUAGGUACUAGUAGAUGUAUUUUAUCUUUUGUUUGAGAUUUUGUACAGCAGAUUCUAGAUUUUACAUUAAUAGAUAGGCCUGUCAAAUAUUUUAUGAGAAGUCAUAUGUGAGUGAACAUUUUCUGAUACCAGAAAUAUGAAAGAUUUGUAUGUAUGUACGUAUGAAUGAAUGAAUGGUAUGUUUCCCAUUUAUCUUGUUAAUAUAACAAGAGGAAAUUUUUAUGUAAGAGCUGUAUUCAGCUCAUGAAAUACUAAUUCUGUGUACUCUUGCCAAAUGUGUGCAUCCACACAGAGAGAAAUGAAAAUGAGCUUCGUGUAAUUGUUUAAUCGCUGUCUUUUGUAUCUUGAGAACGUUUGUCUAUGGAAUAUGUAUAUUUUGAAAUGUUAUUGUGAAGAUUUGGUUUUAUUUAUUUAUUUAUUUAUAUUAAUUUUGCUUUAUAACCAAAGAAUGAGAAUGUUAAUAACAUGUAGCAGAAUGAGCUUUCUCUGAGAGAACU